UUUUUUUAAAGAAAAAAAAAAUUCAGCCAAAAUUUUCUAUUCUUUUUUCGAAUCAAUAAAAAUUUUCGACUAUUUUAACUCUGAUUGUUCGCCGUUGUUUUUUUUGUUUUUGUUUUUUGUUAUGCUGUUGCCAAGUCACAUCUAAAAGUGACAUUUUUUUUCUUCUUUUCAAUUAGGUUCUCAAAAUAUAGAAUUUGUUAUUCUAAAAAUCAAAACACAGUGAUAAUAAUGAAACGAAAACAAUAUUCAAAAAUUGAUAAUGGUGAUGGUGAUGGUGAUGAUAAACAUCAAUCAACAAAUGGAACAAAAAUGAAGGAAAAUGAUUUUAGAAAAUCAACAACAACAUUUGAAUGGCAUAAAGCAUGGUUAAUGAUAAAAUGUACAACAUUUUGUUUUAUAACAAUGGCCAUACAAGAACAAACAUUAAGAUUAGCACCAAAAUCAUCAAAUUUUAUUUCAUUCAUUCAACAUUUAUUCAUAACAAUUUGUGGUCUAUUAACGAUUGGUUUACCAUUUGGUUUAGGUGGUAAUAGUGAUAACAAUAAUGCCGAUAAUAAUCGAUCAAAACAACAACAACAAAUACCAACACGUUAUUAUUUACCAUUAGUAUUUCUUAGUUUUUUUACUAUAUUUACAAAUAAUUUAUCAUUAAAUUAUGGUAUUUCAAUACCAUUAAUGAUGAUUUUUAAAUCGUCAAGUUUAGUUGCCAAUAUGUUAUUAGGAAUGUUAAUAUUAAGACACCGAUAUUCAUUGAAUAAAUUCAUUUCGGUUAUUGCUAUUACAAUUGGUCUAAUACUUUGUACAAUUGAAGAUUAUCGUUUAAAACAUUCAAUGAAUUAUAUGGAUAUAUUUUCAUUAUUUUUUAUAAAUUUUCAAUCGGAAAAAAAUCAAUCAACAACAACAACAAUAGCAACAACAACAUGGACAACAACAAUCGGUAUAAUAUUAUUGACGGCAUCAUUUUUAUCAUCAGCUGCUGUUGGUAUUUAUCAAGAAUAUUUAGCUAAAAAUUUUAUUAAAAAUUCAAAUGAAACAUUAUAUUAUGUUCAUCUAUUAUCGAUACCAAUAUUUUUGAUAACAUCUACAACCGAUAUCUAUGAACAUUUUCAAUUAUUUUUCAAUCUAAAAACUAUAUUGAAUUUUGAUUGGAAUCUACCAUUAUUAUUAAUAAUAACUGUACUAACACAAUAUCUUUGUAUACGUUCAGUAUAUCAUCUGACAACUGAAUGUAAUUCAUUAUCAGUUACAUUAUGUUUAACUAAUCGAAAAUUUUUAUCAUUAUUAUUUUCAAUAUUUUAUUUUGGUAAUCAAUUUACAAUAUGGCAUUGGAAUGGUACUAUUAUUGUAUUUGGUGGUACAAUUUCUUUCUAUUUAAUUGAUACAUUGAAAAAUCGUUCAACAAAUUUAUCGAUGACUGAAAAAAAAUCAAAUUAAUCAUUGAUUGA